AUGCAAAAAUAUGUGGACGACGAAGAAACAGCACUGUUGCAAGGUUCGGGCCCUACUAAAACCAUCAUUCACGUUAAUUCGCGAUCAGAGAAGGUGUACCUGCUAUGCUCGUUGUAUAUUGGUGUACUACUUGCUGCUUUAGAUGGCACUGUAGUUGCGUCUCUCCUUUACCAUAUUGCGUCUGAACUAGGGAGUCUCUCUGCUGCGCCAUGGAUAGCGAGCACAUACAUGAUGGUGAGCUCAGCUUUCCAGCCACUUUUUGGAAAAUUGAGCACAACUUUCGGUAGAAAGCAAUGUUUACUCACAUGCCACUUUUUAUUUGCCCUGGGAAGCCUUCUCUCGGGGCUCUCAAACUGUGUCAAUCUAUUAAUUCUCGGCAGAUGUGUCCAGGGGAUUGGUGGUGGGGGUUUGAUCGCCUUAAGCAGUAUUAUCGUUAGUGAUAUAACUCCUCUAAGGGAGCGUGGGGUGUAUCAGGGUAUUGGAAAUAUUUCUUUCGGAAUUGGGGCAUCUUUGGGAGGAAGUAUGGGGGGCAUCAUCAGUAACAAAUUUGGUUGGAGAUAUGCGUUCCUCGGUCAGAUAGUGGUGUCAUUCGCCGCUAUUUGUCUGGUAUAUUUGAAUGUGAAUGAGACAAUGUUAGGAAAAGACCAAAAUGUGUGGACCCAGCUGGGUAACAUAGAUUUUUUGGGGAGCUUUUUCCUGCUGGGAGCUUUCAUUUGUUUUUUCUUAGGGUUAAAUUUAGGUGGAUCGUACAUGCCAUGGAAAAGUCCACAAGUAGUAAUUUUAUUCCUCAGUUCAUUGUUCUUUUCAAUCAGUUUCUUUCGUGCUGAACAAAGGAGACCAGAAAGAGCGAUAAUUCCAUUAAAGAUCUUCUAUGGUGCGACUGGGUGCCUGUGCUGUGUACUAUGUUUACUCUCUUCGAUGGCAGCUUUCUCUUAUAUCUUCCAUUUGCCGAUCUUCAUGGAAAUCGUUUUAGGAAGAAGCGCAUCCUAUUCGGGCAUUGUCAUCGCUUUGAAUUUUGUGGGUGUUUUACUUGGAUCUUUGGGAUCAGGUUUAAUAAUGAAGACCACCUGCAGAUAUAAGAGGCUAUUAUUUUUAUGUGGACUACUUUAUAUCGUGAGCUGUGGUAAUUUAUGGUUCUUUGACUCAACAACAAGUACAACAAUGCAAAUGCUCACGAUAUGCUGUCUUGGUCUCGGUUACUCUAGUAUUAUCACAAUUUCUUUGGUGGCAUUGAUGGCUCAUGUUCCCCCCGAUGUUCAAGCGAUAAGCAGCUCCGUCUUGUACGCUUCCCGUGGCUUCGGGUCAACUGUUGGUGUAGCGGUGUCAUCAUCAAUAUUUGCACAUCUAUUGCGAACCAACCUCCAACAAUUUAUCGAUGGGCCAGAACGGAAAAGAGUUAUCGAACUGGUCUUAUCAUCUUCAGAUGCAGUAAAAAGUUUGCCCGCUCCAUAUAAAGCCCAAACUAUCCAAAGUUACCUCUCUUCUUUGAAGGUUGUCUUUGCAUUUGUCAUGAUCUUGUCGAUUCUCAUCUGGUUGGCAUCGCUACCGCUGAAAGAGCACAAUCUUUCCCGGGCAACUGACGAGGAAGCCGAGAUGUGA